UUUACAUAAAGGUAUAUAGCUUAACAUGUAUCAAAAUUAAUUUUUACUUUUGUAGUAAGAUUAGAAACAUUAAUACUUUUUCAAAUAUUAUAAAAUAGUGGAAUAAGAAGGCUUCUGAGCGAAAAUGAAUAUGAUUGAUAUGAAUAAAACUGGUAUUUAGAAAGAUUAUUUGACAUUUUAAGGAAAUAUCGAUAUCAGUGUCACUCAUAUAUAUACAUAUAUAUGUACAGUGAAUGGUCAGCGUUCGAUAACGACUCUAUGGUUAAUAACGAUAAGAUAAGUGAGGAUUUCUCAGUAAGAAACGAAUCACGAAGUCCAGCACACGCAUUUAAAUCAUGUUCGUCCUUAUAUUUUGUUUCAUCAGUUUGAGUCGCGCCGCUAUCAAUUAUAUUUCGAAUAUCACGAAGAUGAAAAGCCUAGCGCAUUCUUCUCGAGAUCAACCGAUCUCGCAGGAUCCAACAAAGGAAAAUUGUUCCAAGGAUUCCAAGGAAAAUUUAGAUUUAACUGACGCUAAAGUAGUACAUGGUAUAUCGUACAGAAAGGAAAUCGUACAGAAUUUCCCUGUAGAUAAAGACGCAGAAGUCUAUCCGAUGAACAAUAGAAGACGUGGUAAAUGCGUGAUAUUCAAUAAUGAGAAUUUUAUUGAAAUGAAAAAGCGAGAUGGAACUAAAAAUGAUCAGAAAGCGAUAGAGAAAACCUUCACUAAUCUGGGUUUCGAAGUGAAAUCUCAUCUGGAUCUUGACUAUGUUGGCGUCAUGGAUGAGGCUGCAAAUUUGUCUGCGAACGAUUACGAAGAUUAUGACUGUAUCUGUAUUUUUAUAUUAAGCCAUGGCACUAAUGGUGAUAAUGUGUACGCGAAGGAUUAUCCAUAUCGGCUAUCUGACAUUUGGGGAAGAUUCACCGCAGAUAAUUGUCCGUCGUUAACUGGUAAACCAAAGCUAUUUUUUAUACAGGCUUGUAAAGGAGAGAGUACCAUGUUAGGUAUUCGUGUAAAGAGUGCAACUGAUUCGGUCCAAAAGAGUUACACAAUUCCUACUCAUGCAGAUUUCCUGUAUGGCUACAGUUGUAUAGAAGGUCACUACUCAUUUCGUACUUCACAAGGUAGCUACUACAUCCAGACUCUGUGCGAGGUGAUCAACAAGCAUUGGAGGAAUAUGGAUCUAUUGAAAAUGUUAACGAUAACAUCGCGCAAGGUCGCUUUCGAAUUCGAAGCUGCACACAAUAGUCCAUUAUUAAAUGAGACUAAACAAAUGCCUACCUUUAGCUCAACAUUGACCAGAGAUCUAUAUUUUUUUCCGAAAAAUAAGUCAUAGAACAGUAACAAUCCUUUUUUAACGAAUGAUCUCUUAAGAGUUGUGCAAACAGUCUUUCAUUGUUAUUGCAAUUAAUAUAUACAAAAAAUGUGGUAAGAAAGAAGUACUUACACCCUCGUUUAUAUACUAUUAGGACACUUACAAAAAAAUAAGGUGAAUCCAACAAACCGUUAGAAAGUUAUUAAAUCUCGUUAAAAAUUUUAUUGUAAACUUAGCUACUAGGAAUGUUCCUUCAAAAUUCUUGUAAAUCGUUCCCAAAAUUUUUCGUCUUGUCAUCCCUAUGCAAUGAUCGAUGACUUUCUUAACAAUUUUAAGGAAACCACCAAGUUUCCUAAUAAGUAAUUAUGAACGAGGAUGUAUAGAAGUAUGCGUUUGAUUUGCAGCCUUUUGUGUUUCCAACAAGUGCGCUGUGAAUAUAUAUUCUAUAUAGUACGAAAGUGGAUACGACGUUUGAUCGCGUUGGCCUUGAGCGAUUAACUGAUUUUGAACAGAUUUCAGUCCUGAAUUGUUGUAUUGUGAUUAGUGUGUGAAUGUUCGAGGAUAAUGUAAGUCCUCUGUCGCGAUUUACAAUUUUAUUAACUGCUUCAUUUCCUUCUAGUAAUCUGCCAAUUUAUGUUAAGGAUAUUCAUCGUUUUACGUGACUUGAGCUUAUUAUAAACGAGAGGAUAGAUAUAAGGAUAGAUAAAAUUCUGUGAAAUCAGUAUAGUAUGGGCUAUGAUAUAACGAAGUUAUAAAUUGAAUCAUAGUAUUCUAGUCAGAAUAGAAGGCACAAGGUCCUCAUUGGCAGAGGUUGUAGCACGAUCGCAAAGAAUGGCUAUUUUUGAGUUGAAAUCUUACGAUAUUAAAGGAGUAAUGAAUUGCAUGUUUUUUAGAAUUUCAGUUUCUUUUGCGCUCGAUAGCCAGAGACGUGUUACAAAUUUGAUACUUCCAAAGAGUAACAUAAAAAUACGAGUAGCAGUAAGAGUUGCCGAACAUCUCAUGGUAGUUCAGUACGUAUCACACGCUUCUUUAUCGUAUGUAAUUAUAUAUAUAUUUUAAAGUAACUAUUUAUAUUGCAAUUUUUGUAUGUAUUCCUAGAGUGGUUUCAUAUUUUAUUACCAUAAUCAUGAUAAUCGUGUCGUAUUACAGUCGUAUGAAAAAUUUUGUGCUGUGGAUAGAAUAUAUUUACAAAAAUUAUCUAUAA